AAGGCAGGAAGCAACAUGGAUGAGCUCGAUCUGCUGUUGGAAGAGCUGGCCCUGAAUGCAGAUGCCACAAAGACUGUCAAAGAAAACGUGGGGAAUGUUGCAGUCGAUGUCGAGGUGCCCGGUGUAGGCCACACUCGACUCAACAAGAAGGACAAAGGCCCCUCAAAUGUCUACAGUGAUCUCCCAGCUCCUGUGGCAGCUUCUGAGGAACCUGACUCACCCACCAAGGAGCUGGACUCCAUCUUGCAAGCUAUGAUGAGUCUGGGAGAAGAGGAUGCAGCGUCUUCACCAACCCCACCAUCACUCUCACAGAAGAAGUCGGUGAAAAGAAAAACAGAGUGCGAGCAGCAGCACAACCAGGAGAGCAGCAGCUCAGCCGGUUCAGACGCUCAGACCAAGAAAACCGACACCAUAGAUGACCUGCUCGGGGGACUGAGCUCUGACCUGGAGAAGAUUGGCGUUCGCACCACAGCCAAGGGCCACUGUGCUUCCUGCAACAAAUGCAUUGUGGGAAAGAUGAUCACAGCGCUAGGUGCAGUGUGGCACCCUGAACACUUUGUGUGUUCGGUUUGUAAGACGGAGCUGAGCACCACAGGCUUCUUUGAGAGAGACGGUCAGCCGUACUGUGACAAAGACUACCAGCACCUCUUCUCUCCUCGCUGUGCUUAUUGCAAGGGGCCCAUUUUGCAGAACAUCCUGACAGCCCUGGACCAGACCUGGCACCCCGAGCACUUCUUCUGCAUGCACUGUGGAGACAGGUUCGGACCUGAAGGUUUCCUCGAGAAGGACGGGAAGCCAUAUUGUUGCAGGGACUUCUACCAGCUCUUUGCUCCCAAGUGCUCUGGCUGUGGGGAGUCGGUGAAGGAGAACUACCUGACGGCAGCCAAUGGCACCUGGCAUCCAGAGUGCUUCGUCUGCGCAGACUGUCUGAAGCCUUUCAACGACGGCUGCUUCAUGGAGCUGGACGGUCGCCCCCUCUGCUCGCUGCACUUCCACUCCAGGCAGGGCACCCUGUGCGGCGGCUGCAGCGAGCCCAUCACGGGCCGCUGCAUCUCCGCUCUCGAUCGCAAGUUUCACCCCGAGCACUUUGUGUGCGCCUUCUGUCUGCGGCAGCUCAACCAGGGCAUCUUCAAGGAGCAGACAGGGAAGCCGUACUGCACGGCCUGCUUCAACAAACUCUUUGUGUGAGGCGCGCAGGAUGCAAACACACAAAAAAUGCAAAGGAAAACAAACUGUAUCACUGCCAUUGUUGAAAUUAGGCAACUAUGCUAUUCUUAUUUGCAUUGGUACAGAAAAGGAACUCUUCACAUUUCACUCUCAGGUGAUUUUUGGAUACAGAUAUGAUCAAUUACAUGGUUAAGUAGGAUGGGGAAUGAGCUGUAAAUGCAAACAUUGUGCCAUAAUUAAUGACAUGGUUAUAAAACACAAGGGAUAUACUUGUUUCUUAUUUUAAAGGUAUUGAAAAAACUUUUCACAUGUGAAUUUUUGAUGGUUCUGUUGCUGACACAGGAUUUCAUACAUCACAAUUACAUAAAAUAUAUACACAGGGAAAGAAAAAUUCAGAGGUUCAGGUUUAAUCCGUGGUUUCCACUGAGCUAUCCUCAGUUUGCCGUAAGUCUUGGCAGAGCGGAGCCACUCCAGCAGUUCGUCAAGGGGCUUGUCUAUUUGGCCUGAUAGCUUGUAUUGGCAUAGAAGUGGGACUGGCCUGGAGUCAAUGUGCCAGGCCGAGGCUCCCCUUACUCUCACUGACCGCUUGGCCCUUUCACACGCCCUGGAUUUAGACAAGCUUCAUACUCGACACAAGCUCCUUUAUAGCAGCUCGUGGAAGAUUGAUGAAGGGGCUGAGGUGAACAACGGUGGUUUCAGGAGGUGAGGAGUUCCUUCACAUCCCAACAUCUCGUCAGCAACUCCAUGUGACCGUCGCGGCACAAAUCGACCACAGAGUGCUUUAAAGCUUUGGAGAAAAAAUAACUGUGGUGAUGUGAUAUUUUUUUUAUUGUUGCCUUACACUGUAUAAUAUGUCAGGUUGAGCAAACUUGCGAAACUUGCAUCCAAGUCGGGACAAAGAUCCACAAAAGGAAAUAUUCUAACAAUAUCUCUAUAUCUAAAUGUCAGUUUUGUUGUCAGCUCUUCAGAAUCAUAUCAUAGCGAAAUCUGUGUUUUACACUUGUAGAUAUUUCAGCUGCACAAAUCUCAACAAGGUCUGUAACCCAAUUAACUUAAGCACAGGUAUAUGCACACAGCUACAAAGUUCAUAUUGUAUCCCUUGUUUUAUGUGUCUGAUUUUGCAGCAGGAUACCCUUCUUCAAUUUAAAUAAAUUGAAUAUUCCAUCGA